AUGACGCGCUAUCUGACUCCGUGGAGAAUCUCGCUGCUGUGUCUGAUUACCGUCUACACGGAUGGCGUUGUCCCCAACUCUUCGGCCAUCCAUGUCUUGUCGUUCCUGACAGCGGGCCUCUUCCCUCUAGAUCCCGCCGAUAAGCAAUGGGAGAAGCACUACUUGCCGACCAUCACGGAUCUCGAGGAAUUCCUAGCAGGCCAUGAGUCGUCGGUACCAGGACGGACGCUUUGGGACUUGUUCCUCAAGCGGAUCUGGUCAAUCGACUCGCUCGAUGCGCUCGAGACUUUCUUCACCGAUGUGCUCCCGGCGCUGUUGAGCAAGACGCGUGAGCAGUUGAUGCAAGACCGGGACAAUGGCCUGGCUCCCGAGACAAACCGCAUCCGCUUAUCGAGGAGCUCACCAUUGGGCGCGUUUGUGCGGAGAGCCUAUCUCGAGUAUGCGCGGCUACAGUUUCAUGAUUCGGUGAAGCUAUGGACGGGAUUCGUCAAGUACCGUCUUCCCACAUACCAUGCCUGGGCGCGGCGGAACCCAUCACACGAACACACGCCUGUCGAUGUGAAUCUCCUGGACUUUGAGGUGGAUGCCACCAGUCAUCUGUCUCAAUUUGUCUACGGCAAUAUCGAGGACGAUUCCGAAGAUGAGGGAGUCAUUAGCGUCAAGGAUUCAGAGCGACUGGUGGAGUUUCAAGUUGGGGAGUUACAACGGCUGGGGGGCAGAGUACCGGACGAGAUGAGGGCACAGCUGAAACGCAUCAUGACAUCGGAGUCGUCCGUCCCAGUAUUGAUGUGGUACCUGGAAUAUCUCGACGCCUGGAGAGCUGGAGAUUACACGUCAGCUUUUGACAACCUGCACCGAUACUUUGAUUACACCAUGCACAGCAACCUCGACCGCAGUGCUUAUCAAUUUGCCCUGCUGAACCUGGCCAUCAUCCAGGCGGACUUUGAGUGCUUCAACGAAGCCAUCUCUGCGGUGCAAGAGGCCGUGGCCAUUGCUCGCGAGUCUCACGACAUGAACUGUCUGAAUUUCUGCAUGAGCUGGCUGUACCACUUUGGCAAGGCUUUUCCAGAGCAGAUGCGGGAGGUGCAGAAUAGCGGGAUGCUGGGCAACGAGAAGGAGGGUUUGGCGUUUCUCAAGGCCAAAGCGAAGGAGACGGACAUGUGGUCGCUUAUGAGCACCACGCUGUUGAGUGAGGCUAAACUCGAAAUGCAGCAGGGAGAGAGUUUGGCAACAAUUAUCGAAUCUUUUGUGCGAGCCUCCCAUGUCAAUGUGACAAAAGGUCUUGCCAAUCCCACCGGCGCGUAUAUGCUUCUUCAGGGAUCUAUGUAUGGCCGCAUCGGAGCUUCGCAUCUGGCCUGGUUGAAUACCGAAAUUUUCCGCGAGUGCUACUUGGACGGACAUCCUUACGAGGACUUUGUCAAAAUCACAUUCCGAAAUUGCCAAAUAUUGGUACAAAAGGGCAACUAUAAGGAAGCAUUCGCACGCAUGAACAAGAUCGAGCCAGAAAGGCUACGGGCCGUGAAAUACAACAAUGCCUGGACAUACUACUCUGGGCUGUUACAGCUGCGACGACAAAUCUGCCGUAAUGACAAGGUAGCCAUCGAACACAUCAUCUCCCAGCUCCAAGCAGUACAGCUCCUCGAUUUCGACAUGCGCCUGCUACUGGCCUUCCAAUCAAUCGAGUUCACCAUCCGACAAGGUGACUACGGCCGCGCACUGCGAAUGGUCGACCAAGCAGCACACUCAAUGCAGCCCGAGAACUUUGACGUACACUCACAAAUCAAAUUCCUGUGCCUGAAAGCACGCAUCCUCGAAAAAUCAGGCCAACCUCAGCGCGGCUUCUCGCUGGCCAUGCGUGCCGCCAGCAUCGCCCACCGCUCCAAAGUACUCUUGGAUCUCUGGGAAGCCAUCUGCACCCUGGCCGCCGUGCUGCUGAGCCUCCGAGAGUUCACCGCCACCACCGAGCUGGUCGAGAGCGUCAUGCCCCAGAUCCUCGAGUCCGAAGACUACUCCCUCGUCGCUCGCGCUUACUCACUCCUCGUCGACGCCAAUAUGGGUGUCGCUGGCGAGCUGUGGUCGCGUCAGGGCCGCGAUAGCACCCCCGCCCGCAAGGAGUAUGUCAACCGCGCCCUGGGCUAUAUUGACUCGGCGUAUGACCACUACGAGGAGAUUGAGGAUCUCCUGGGCCAGACUGAGAUGAUGGCUAAGAAGGCUACUGUCAUGCAUCUUACUGGUGACCCGGUCCUAGCUAAUGACUACGCCGCUAAGUAUCUGGAUCUGCGGAGGCGGAGGGGCGCGGAGGCAUGA